CUCGCCAGGGGUUUCUAAACACACUUAAGUGACUUAAGAGUCCACUUGUAAGGAAUUUAAAAGUGAAAGCUUCAAAAAUUGAACUUGAGCUCUAUUUUAAUCAAAUUGCAAACUGCACUCGCUUCAAAUCCUGCAGAUUGAAAUGGCUCAUCCGUUAAUAGCGACAAAAAUGACGAAUAUGUCAAAAAACUGCGUAUUAGUUGCACUUCAUUUUGAUUUUUGCAGGAAAAAAUUCGAACUUUUUAAUUUUCUGUUUUUUUUUCAAAACUGAAUGCAAGAAUGGAAAACGCUUUCUAUAGCCUUGAGCCAUAUUAAUACAUUUGUUUACUCUCCAUUGAAAAGGAAACGGGCACUUCAGUUGUGAUCACGCGUUAGUUAAAACUAACAGCAUGACUAUAAUUCUUACCCUAUUCUGAAGUUGUAAAUGUUUUCUAACGCGACUUUUGUUACCAACUUCGACCAAGAAACCCAAAACAGCUUAGUUUUGCGCCCAGCCAAAGUGUAAACUUUUUACUGGCUGUGGUGCCAUUUCACAACUUAGACCCAAAUACAACCGCAAACACGUUUGUUGGGCUUUAUUUUGGGUCCAAAUUUAGUUCAAAAGCUAUAUGGCUGUUUCAAACUAAACUUGACUUCAAAUUCGUCAUUUUACCUACUUCAGGCGUUUUAAUAUGCUAUUACAAUUUUUCCUAAAUUAUGACGUUGGCUUUUUCUUGAUUUUCCAUCUACGUUCACUAUUCGAAAUGUCAGCGGCUGUUGAUUUGAAAUUGGAUUUGAUUAUAUUUGAUGAGUUAAAAGUGCUUGGUAAGUCGUAGAGAAAGUAUCACUUAUCUGAAUAGGUCUGACACUUAAAUAGACGCUAGCCACGGUAGUCUAAGGUCUUAGCUAACCUCACGUUGAAUUUAUUUAUUUGAAAAGCUUCUUUCACCAAGUUGAAUGCAGAUUAGCUUUUAAGAAACACUAAUAUUUACCUAACCUAUUAGUUGCGUAAAAUGCCGGUAAUGAAAGAAAUAGUAUCACGCCGCGAAUAGUUAUUGAAUGGGAAUGAAUUAUUACUCAGAAAAUUUUCCAAUUUCAUAAUUUAAUCUCGGGCAUUGGCUUAAAUCUUUCUUAUUACAUUUUUUGCAAAAACUUUUGCAAACGUCCGGAAAAAGAGUAUGGGUAUUCCUGAUUAACCAGCUAAAAUUAAUUAGGAAAUCAGAUAUUUAUCCUUUCUUAAUUAGUUUCGGGUCUCAAGUUGCGCUUUGGCUAUUCAACCGCAGCUUCACAAUUUUCCCUAUUUAUCUUUUGAAAGAAUUUGUCUCAAUUUUUAACCCAAGUUUACGGUCAAAUUUCAUAAAUUCUCAAAAAAAAUUUCAAAAAAUUAAUUCUCAAGUUAAGGUUUCGCUGUUUUUCUUUUCAAAACAGGUAAUCUGAAAGCUAUCAUUUGAGACUUUGUGUUUUGUUUUCCCUUUUAAGUGGCGACGUAGAAAGUCGUUUCCUUUUUGUAUCUGAUAAAUAUUGAUUAUCAAUUUGCUUAUGGUUGAGUUUGAAUAGUUACCAUAAAUGGCAGAGGAUCGUUCGAGUUCAAACGGAACCACGUUUUGCAAUUCUCAUGCCAGUUCCAAGAAAUGCUCUCUUCUCAGAACCAGACCGGAGAGUCGAAGCGAAUCAAAUGUGAGAAGUUACCCUAGAUGUCUUAUAAUCGCAUUAGUUACAGUUAUUAUUAUCCUCUUCUUCAUUAUAACCUACUUAAUUUUCCUGCAUUACCACUGCGCCGGGCUAAAAUGGCCCUGGGCGGAAUCGAACUCCCUUUCUCUGGAAGGUGCCGCUGUGGACAGUUCGAAAUAUGUGAGAUUACCCGAAAAAGUGUUGCCAGAUCAUUAUGAAAUUCUUCUCAAAGUUCAGAUGCCAGAUUUAGAGGAUAAGGUGCAGUUAUCGUUCAACGGGACCGUUCAAAUCCAGCUGACGGUCGCCGAAGACACGAGAGAAAUCAAGCUGAACGCACACAAGAGUCUUUCGAUAAUUUCGUGUCGGCUAACAGGUUACCACAACAGAAAAAUCCAUAUCCAAAAGUUUGACUACACUCCAUCUGAAGACAUGAUCACCCUUCGGCUGAGUGAGCGCAUAGUCAAAUCGAACCAGUACAAUCUAUCCAUGACGUUCCGGGGAUCUCCCCAUCCGGGGGACGUCGAGGGCAUCUACUCCGGCAACUACGAAAGGACGGAAUACGUCCAUUAUCCCGGCAACAAAACUAAAGUCGUCCGGGAGAUACGUUGGUUCGCUGUAACCCAGAUGGAGCCAGCGGCUGCACGGAAACUGUUUCCUUGCUUCGACGAGCCAAUUUUCAAGGCAACCUUUUCGAUUGCCGUGGUGUACCAAAGCGAGUACAAUGUACUGUCAAACAUGCCAGUUGUCAAAGAUGAAGUCGUUCCUGGUUUGGAAGGUUGGAAUCGGAUCCACUUCCAGCGUAGUGUCCGCAUGUCCACUUACCUGGUGGCCAUAGCAAUCACCACCUUCCAAUCCAGACAGAAAACAGUACAGAACAUGGACAAUGAGACUGUGCCCAUAACUGUGUGGGCCAUGAAAGCUGAGAUAGACCAUACGUCAUAUGCACUGAGAGUGGCCUCAGAGUCCUAUGUGUUCUUUGAGAAGUUCUAUCAGAUACCCUACGCGCUGCCAAAAAUGGACUUGAUUUCUGUGCCCAACUUCAACGUGGGGGGCAUGGAGAACUGGGGUCUGAUCACUUUCAGACCGUUCUACCUGGUAUCUAAGGGCAGCGAGGAGAGCCACUAUGGCAUAUGCAAGGUCGUCAAUCACGAAAUAGCUCAUCAAUGGUUUGGCAAUCUGGUGACUCCCAAAUGGUGGAACGACAUCUGGCUCAACGAGGGAUUCGCCACAUUCAUGGAGUACGUGGGUAUGGAUGCAAUUGAGGGCGAGUGGGACGUAUGGAGUCUGUUCUUCGUCGAUGCGACCAUGGAGGUCUUCUCCUCCGACUCUUUAGUCUCCUCACACCCAGUUGUGCAUGAGAAACAGAUCGCCAACAGAGACGACCUCAAGAUGUUCUUCGACCUCAUUUCGUACCGGAAAGGUGGGGCUAUUCUGCGCAUGUUGAGAUCCAUUCUGGGCCAGCAGGGAUUCAAACAGGGGGUACUUCUCUAUCUCGACCGGUUCCAGUUCUCCUCCGCCACUUCUGAGGACCUCUGGAACUCUUUUGAGCAAUCUAGGAACAGAAGCGAGAUCCCCCACUCCAUCACCGAGAUGAUGACUGAGUGGACACUUCAGUUGGGAUACCCUCUGGUCACUAUGCACGUGGAUUACGGACAGUCCUCCGAGGACUCGGUUUCAGACUCCUCGCCAUCCUCAAACCCCAUCUCCGUCACGCUCUCCCAGCGACACUUUAUCACCAACUUGAACUACUCUCAACAGUACCUGGAAAAGACAGACAGCAACUGGUGGCACAUUAAGAUUGAUUUCAUUACCAGUGAUGGUCAAACACACGGAGAGUGGCUGACGAAAGAGCCCAAAAACAUCACGAUUGAACUCAAUCAGACAAACUCAGACAAUGCAAAGGUCCGUUUCAUACUUGCGAACAGUCGUUGCGAGCAUUUUUACCGAGUCAACUAUGACAUCGAAACCUGGAGACGAAUCGUGGAUGCUCUGCGAGAGGACUCCUCGGUUCUGGACUCGGCAACCAAGUCGUGUCUGAUCGACAACUCGUGGGAACUACUCGGAGCAAACGAGCUAUCGGCAGACAUCGCGCUGGACCUUACAAUUCUCUCAGUCCAAAACGACACCAGUUAUCCGCUUUGGAAAACAGUUGAGCAUCAUUUGGAAAUCAUUUACACAUUGAUGUACAGAAGCGGAGAGCGUGAAAAAUUCCAGACAUAUUGUGAACAGAUUGUGAAUAUUUCACUCGAGGCAGAGACAAAUCUUUCUCGCAGUGAUUUCCAGGCCACAAGGAAGACGAAGAUAAAGGAGUUUGCCAACUUCAUCGGACAUCCGCAGUUCAUUGCCCAGUCUGUCAGUCAGGCGGAGUACUGGGUGGCCAGUAUAAUGGGAGCCCUGAACGAAUCAUCGGAGAGGGUGAUGGGAAGUGGGUUCGGGUUCCACGUAGACAUCCACGACUACCAACUGUGUGCGGCAGCCAAGGCAAAGAGCACUGACUUCUCCCAUCUAUUGCACCAGCUGUUUCUCAGUGGACAAGUGAACCCUCAGCUGAGAAGUCGACUCAUCAGGGGCUUCGCUUGUACCAAUGACGCCACCUUGUUCAAUCACAUCCUCGAUCAGGCAAUUGGGGACAUCAACGUUCCAGACGGGACCCAGUGGAAAAACGACGAGUUGGGCUACUUGAUCAUAACAGGGGCGGGCAAGGGCACCAAUGCGGGCUUCAAUGUAGUGUGGAACUACUUCUCAAUUCCAGAGAAGUUUGACAAGUUCGGCUACAGAUUCAAAGACUUCACCUUCUUCUUCAAGAACAUUCUCUUUGCGGUCUACUCUGGUCAGGAUUCGGAGUAUGCACUGCAGAGCAUGAAAAAAUUCAACGAGACUCACUUUGACAAAUUAGGAGCUGGACAGGCCGAGUUCUAUCGGCUAAUUGAACGAGUGGAAAAUAACGUGCAAUGGAGCAAAUACGCCAGACCACAAGUCAUCCACUGGCUAAACCAAUUUUUUGACUGAUCACUUUCAAACAUUUGAAAAAUUAACAAAAUUCCAACUAUUUUGGAUAGAUAUUUUGAUGUUCAGUAGAAUAAUGCAAUACUGCACGCGCCUAGACUUUAUUGAUUUGACCUGUUUAGUUUGAGAAUGCUAGAAAUAGUGAAAAUGAGUUACUCGUUUAAUGUUUUUACUAUGAAUAUACGUUAAUGCAAUGGUAAUAUAA